AUGCUCUCACGCUCAGCUCGUUCCGCUUUACGGCCUAUAAAAAUGACCCUUCGCGCCAAAAUCAACCCAAACAUGCUCCCGGCUCUUGCCCGCAAUAACUCUUCUGCGUCUUCAUCCAGUCCAUCUGACGCGGACGACGUGCUCUUUGCGCCCAACCGCGCAAUUAGAACCAUCACCCUCAAUAGACCAGCCAAGCUCAAUUCUCUUAACCAGUCUAUGGUCGACAAAAUUAUCCCCCGUAUGGUUGAGUGGACCAAGUCCGACACUGCCCAAUCCAUCAUCCUCAAAGGUGCCGGCAACAAGGCUCUCUGCGCCGGUGGUGACGUCGCUGCUCUUGCCAAUGACAUUGCCCAAAACGGCCCUGAGGGUUCUGCUCGCUCCACUGUUUUCUUCAAGGAUGAGUAUACCCUUAACCACCUCAUUGCCUCUUACCCUAAGCCUUACAUCGCUGUCAUGAACGGUAUCACCAUGGGUGGUGGUGUUGGUCUUUCCGUUCACGCUCCUUUCCGCAUCGCUACUGAAAAGACACUAUUCGCUAUGCCUGAAACUGACAUUGGCUUUUUCCCUGAUGUCGGUGGUUCUUUUUUCCUUUCUAGACUCGAUGGCCAGAUUGGUACCUACCUCGCCCUUACUUCUGCCCGUCUGAAAGGCUACGACGCUGUCGCUGCUGGAAUUGCUACCCAUUAUAUUCCCGAGUCUCUUCUUCCUGACGUUGAAAGCCGUCUCGCCGAAGUCUUUGUUGACUCUGUCGCUCCUAUUGAUGCUCACUCUCUUGUGAACUCGGUUCUUCUCGAGUUUGAGACCGCCGCUCCUGAGGGCUACGUUUUCUCGCUUUCUGGCAAGGCUCGUGAAUCUAUCGAUGCUGCUUUCUCCAACAAGACUGUUGAAGAUAUUGUCGCUGCUCUCGAGGCUGACGGUUCUGACAUCGCCAAGUCUGCUCUCAAGGCUAUUCUUUCUCGCUCUCCUACUGCCGUCAAAGUUACCCUUGCUGCUCUUCGCCGUGGUGAGACUCUCGGUAUCAAGGAUGCUCUUGAUGCUGAGUACAGACUUGCUGAGAACUUUAUGUACGGUCAUGAGUUUGUUGAGGGUGUUUCUGCCAAACUCAUUUCUAAGCCUGCACGCACUCCUGAGUGGAAGCCCGCUACUCUCCAGGAAGUUACUCCUGACAUUGUUAAUGGCUACAUUUCCAACCGCCCAGACUCUGUUGUCCAAGACAUUGAGUUCAUCCACCCUGAAAACAACUUCACCAAGUACCCCCACACUUUUGGUCUUCCCUCUGAGCAGCAGAUUAAGGACUACGUUCUGGGCAACGAUAACCCAGACCGUGAGUUUAAGGUCUCGGCCCAGGAGGUCCACGAACACUUUGACAACAUCACCCGGGGAAAGCUUGGUGUCCACCAAAAGAUUGAUGAUAUUAUUGUCAGAAUGACCAAGCCUGAUCCUACAGAUGUCCAGCUUCUUGACUGGAUUUACUAG